UAUCAACAGUGAACCUGCGAAAACAUUUUCAGCCAACUUUGCAAGACAGUCUUGAGUAAAUAUUGAGUCAUAUUGCUUUUUCGGUUUUUAAUAACCAUAGUCUGCAAAUCUGGAUGAAACUAGGGAGAAGAUGAUUGCCGCCUCAGAACCGGUGGAGUAUACUCCUGGUGGAAGACAAACAAUUCUAAGGCAUCCUGAACCUGUAAUUAGUCAACAAACAUUAAAUAACCAAGCAAUUGCAGCAGAAAGUAUUUUGUUACAAAAAUUUAGUCAAGUAAAUAUUUCAGAUAGAUCACUGAAAGAAUUUUGGAUUGUACGCGAGAAUGAUACAUGUGGAGAAGAAGAAUUAUAUUGCUCAGGCAAAGUUGCGAUUCAUUCAAAAGGUAGUCAAAAUACCCGGGUACUACAAACAGCUUACACAUGUGAAACAGAUAUUAAACAUGCACUCUGGUGUACAUUUCAUACCAGUACACCUAAUCAUUUAUCAAAAGGGAAAGAAAAAGAAGAUGAAGAAAGUAAUGACAAAGCAAUAGAAUGUAUAUGUUUAAUUGAUUCCUAUACUCUUAAAGUGUUCACUGAAACUGGUGAAGAUUAUGUAUCCAGUUUGCAAUUUCAGGUGUCUGCUGUUUGGUCUACAAAAUAUGGAAUUCUAUUGGAAAAGUCACAGAUCCCUGCAUCAGAAACAAGGUAUACAUCAUUAGAUGGAAAUAGAUUACAGUUGCAUAAUCACACAAAUUUACCAGUGGCGUUCUCUUUAAUGCAUCCUUUAGAUGAAAUUUGCCCUGUACUUAUUAAACAUGGUAGCAUAUCAUACAUGUAUGAUUCAAAUCAACAAAUUGUAUUUACUAAUUCUGAACCAUCUUUGGCUGUCAUAUACGACACAAAGACUGGAUUGCAUUCCGUAUAUAAAAUACGUAAGGCUUUGGCAGAAGAAUGUCAGCUAAUUGGUGGAAGUAGUGACACUACAUCUAGUAUAUUCAAUCAGUCGGCAAGUGCAUCACCAUUGAAUUUUGGAAGUAAUAACCUUUCGUAUAACAAAAGUUGUACAAAUAAAGGACACUUGAGUAUUUUCGGAGUACCAAAUCCACAAUUAAGUACUAUGGGGCUAGGAAUAACAAAUAGUCCAUUUGGUUCCCGAACAUCUUAUACUACCUCUUGUUCAGGAGGACCAUCACCCUCGCAGCAACAACAGCAGCAUUCAAGAUCCCAAAGUCCUAUGGCAACUAUUUCGCGCUGUCAAUCUCCCACUCAUUCUGCUUUUUCACCUUUACUCGGUGUACCGGCCAGUUCAGUCAUUCAUCAUACCAGAUUACAUCACACAGUUAUGGCCACUGCAUUAAGCCACACACAAAACAGUCCUGUCGGCAGUUGUAGCAAUAUACAACUGCAAGAUGUUGCUACGCCAAGUAGACCUUUAUGUCCUGAAAUUUGUCUCGAUCAUGUGUGGACUGAAAAUGUUGGAAUACCAAAGGAAGUUGCGUCUGGUCGGGCAUCUAAAGUUUUUUUAUCGUCGGAUCUUGUUGGGCAAAGUUAUUUAUGUUAUUUAGUUCCACAGCGAUCUCAAUUGUUUUUAGUGAGGCUUGCGAAAACUAACAAGCAACAGCAAAUAAUUUUUGGUAUGGUAACAAGUAUAGUAGCAAAGGAUGCCGUUAGUAUACCAAAUUUACAUAUGAUAGCUACGAUGGACUUAUCGAAUGGAGUAGUGUUAUAUUCGGGUGUGACUUGUGUGGGAAAAUUGCACGUUACAGGAAUUCUUCCAACCUUAGCUGGAUGCAAUUACUUUUUAUCUACUAUUAAUUCCAAACUAAGUUCUCCAUUUCCACGACGAAGUUCAUUGAUUUCUCAAAAUUGUGCCGUUACGCAUGAUCUCAAAUUUGAGGAAGGAUUACACUUACUAAGUCCGGUGGGAGGAAACUGUGCGAGACCGCCCAUUUUGUUAGAAAAUUCCUUAGUAGAUUCUAAUAUUCUUAUCUUAAAAGAAGCAGUAGGAAAUAAAGUGACCUUAGAAUGCGGCCAUAAGAAUUAUUUCCGAGUAACAUUACCAACAUCUAGCACCUCUCCUUUAGUUACUAAAUGCUUCCAAACAUUAAGAAGCGUCUUACAAAAAGAUAUAGCGAUGCAGUUAUUAGUGAAAUGGUAUGGAGCUCGAAAUGCUCCUGGACUGUUUACGUUAUUGGGCUAUGAAGUAGAAAAAUUACAGUUAAUCCAAAGAAAUGAUAAUGAUCAACUCGCUGAACGCAACAGUCCAAUGGUGGUGCCAAAAAAACAAAAAACAAACAACUCGGGGUCGACUGAUGAUUGGAUGUACAUGAUAAAUACCAUUAAGAACAAACAUUCUCAAGUUUUCAUUUCAAACGUACUUGGUCUUCAAAAAACGUCGAACACGUACUUAGGGAAAAUAAAUAUACAUUUUAUAUUAUUUCCAUAUUUUCCGAUAGUUCUGUUUUCAUUGCAUCUUUUAUACGAGGAAUUGAAAUUAAAUUGCGUUAUGUCGGAAAGUUUACCUUUACUCGCACAGUUGUUGUAUCAGUUAAGCACGGACUUGAAAUUUGAGAUGUUCUCUCAUCAUUAUUUUCUCGAUUUCCCCUGUCUUUGCCACCUGCGGGAUAUACCGUCCCAGUUCAGUGAGUCAGACCUGCUGAAGAUUACUGUGCCGAAUUAUAUAAUGCCAAAACCACCAAGUAUAUUUGAAACAUUGGAUAGCUUGUUAAAUAAAAAGGAAGUGGUGCCGUUCCCUUACAUAGGUCAAGUAAAUCCGAAAACAAGAAAUAUAGUUUACUUAACAGCACUCAUAGUGAAUAAGAAUGAAGUGAACAUGCCGGAAAUUGAUACAUUUGUGAGGCAUAUAAUACCAGCUGGUAGUCGGAUUGACUUUCAAGAGAACGGAAAUAAAUAUGAAAAGGACAUAUUCAAGAAUGUCGAAUACUCCACAAUAGAUAGGAUAGUGUUGUUAUACCAUGAAAUGGGUAUGACCAAGAAAGAUCUUGAAAUUUUACCUCCCGGUGUGUCAUUACUCUUGAAGGAUGCGAUGUAUAGGUGUCGAAAACGACCUCCAUCAAAUUGGCCAAUGCAAGCAUACGAAUUAGUGGAUCGUCAAGAUUUAGCUGCGUUAGGCAAAUAUUUCGAGUCAUCCGCAACAAAUCAACAAACAGAAAUGGAAGGAAAAAAUUAUUCGAUCAAAGAUCCGGAACAGGACGAUGGCAUGGAAUUUGAUGAUGCGGUAUUGAAGUUACGAUUUAACAAAGACCAUAGGGUAGCAGAAGUUCGAAAACUUCUGAAUUCUUCCAAACCGGUAAGAAUAGCGAUAGUACAGAGACCAGAUGUAAGCGAUCAUGAGUUUAUAGAAGAACAGGAGAAACAUUUGCACGCACUGUGUACAAGAACAAUGGCACUUCCGGUAGCAAGAGGCAUGUUCACAUUGAGAACGUCCACCCCUAUUAUUACAGAGCAGUUACCGAUUCCUCGGCUGUGCUUAACUGGAAAAGCACCUCCUCGUGGAACGACCGUAGAGUUGGCUCAUAUCGACGUUCCUCCAAAUAUGAAUUUAUGGCCACUAUUCCAUAACGGAGUGGCUGCUGGACUUCGCAUUCAUCCAAACGCGUCGAAUAUUGAUUCAACGUGGAUAGUAUAUAAUAAACAGCAACAAGGAGAAUUUGGCAUAGAACAUUCAGGAUUUCUAAUGGCUCUCGGUUUGAAUGGGCACCUUAAAAAUUUAGCACCUUUCAGUAUGUACGAAUAUUUAGUUGAAUGCCACGAGGCCACCAGUGUUGGCCUGUUACUGGGAUUAUCGGCGACGCAUUGUGGUACAAUGAACGUCUCUAUGACUAAAUUAUUAUCACUUCAUGUGGAAACAUUAUUACCACCAACGAGUAUUGAGUUAAAUGUUCAACACAAUGUUCAAGUUGCUGCUUUGAUGGGAGUUGGUCUAGUGUAUCAGGGUACUGCUCACAGACACAUUUCGCAUGCUUUAUUAUCAGAAAUUGGUAGGCCACCAGGACCGGAAAUAAAAAACUGUGUGGAUAGAGAAUCUUAUUCUUUAGCAGCAGGUCUGGCAUUAGGUUUGGUAGUCCUUGGAAGUGGAGGUGGACCAGACUUAGCUAAUAUACCUGAUACUUUACAUUACUAUAUGGUAGGUGGACACAUUAGACCAUUCACUGGGUCACAAAAGGACAAAUACAAAUCACCUAGUUAUCAAAUUCGAGAAGGUGAUUCUAUAAACAUUGAUGUAACUAGUCCUGGAGCAACAAUAGCUCUAGGCCUUAUGUAUUUCAAUACCGGAAAUCGUGCGGUAGCAGAAUGGAUGCAGGCACCUGAUACCCAAUAUUUAUUAGAUUUUAUACGACCUGAUUUUUUGUUACUACGAAUAUUAGCAAAGUCCCUCAUUCUUUGGAAUGAAAUCGAACCAACGAAGUCUUGGGUGUCUAGUCACGUACCCAAUAUUGUUUAUAAAUACAGAUUACAGAAACCAACCUCUGAAAUAGCGCAAAAUGUAGAUUUGGAAACCAUGAAUCAAGCUUACUGCAAUAUUAUUGCGGGAGCCUGCAUGGCCCUAGGUUUAAAAUACGCAGGCACUGCUAACAAAAAUGCCUUUAAAACUUUAUAUAACUAUGCUCAGAUGUUCACGGCCUUGUCCCAUAAAACGAUUGCCGAAUUAGCAGGAAAGUCAACGAUUGAAACAUGUUUGAACGUUACGUUACUUUCUGCCGCUGUUGUAAUGGCGGGAUCGGGUAAUUUAGAGAUCAUGAGAAUAUGUCGACAUGUGAGAACACGAGUGGGACCUGCAAGUAGCGUCGUUACAUAUGGUUCUCAUUUAGCAACACAUAUGACCCUCGGUAUUUUAUUUCUUGGCGGAGGAAAGUAUACUCUUUCCAACAACCCUAGUGCAGUAGCUGCUCUCGUAAUUUCUCUUUUUCCAAAAUUUCCAACUCAUAGUAACGAUAAUAGGUAUCAUUUACAAGCAUUAAGGCAUCUGUACGUGUUGGCCGCAGAACCGCGUGUUAUUUUACCUAGAGACAUUGAUAGUCGUCAGUAUUGCUACAGUACUGUACACUUAACAUUUGAACAUGAGAAGGAAGCUGAAGGACAAGACUUGGUACUCCAAGCACCUUGUUUAUUGCCACAACUGUCCAGUCUUAAAAAGAUUGAAUUGAAAGAUGAACGAUAUUGGGAAAUUGUUUUUGAAAAAGGUCACAAUUGGCAACACCUUGAAAAUAUUCUUAAAAAAUGUGAAUACUUAGACGUUAAACAGAGAGCUGGUUGUUUACCAUAUGUAGAAGAUCCCCACGGAUUCAGAAGUUUAAUUGCUCAAACAUUAACAACGGAAAACCUGAUUGCUUGGGCUGCUCGUCCUGAAUGCGUAACUUCAUUUACAAAUAACAGAACUGUCUUGAAUAUAGUAAAAUACUUUUUACAGUGGCCUAAAAAAGACAAGACUAACAUUGAAAAUAACUUAAAUACACAGUCUUACGGUAGUAUAGCUAAAAGUAGUUCUGGAUAUCUAACUCAGAGCUUGAGUGAUACAUCUGAAAGGAUAAGUGGUAGUUGGAAUGAACAAUCAGAUUUUUCUAGUGAGAAAAUGGAAAUUGCAGAGCUGUCAUCUGGUUUAAAAUAUUCGAGUUAUUCUUGUAAAUUUGAAGGACAGCAUGUUGACAUGACAGAAUUUGAAAAGCAUUUUCUACACACUUUCGCUAUAAUUGUUUACGAAUGCGUGAUAAAGGAUAAAGUAACCCUUCUUCCUUUAUGGGUGAACUUGAUGAAAAGUAUCGAGAUCAUAGAGAAAGAGCCAAAUAGUUUCUCUGUAUGGCAAAUAAAACUUGUUUCAUCGCAAGUAUUAAAGAGGCCUUACACAGAAAAUAAAACACCAUUGCUUAGCGCAGAAAGUGUAAAAGCAAUUGAACAAAAAAUUGCAUUUAUCAUGGAUAGUUGGGAGCAUGAUCUAAAGCGGCACAUUAAGUCUUACUUGACUACAGGAGAAAUUCAAGAAGAUCCGACGUCGUUGCAAAGAAUGUGUUCAUACUUCAUAUUUUAUGAUAUACCUCAUAGAAUGGAUGAUAGGACAGUCUUGGCAUCGUUGCUGAAUCCGGAAUUAAGAUCUAAAAUACCUAAUAUUAAAUUAUACAACUUGUAUGAAAUUUUAAAAUCCUGUUAA